GUUACAGCUCGCGAUUAUGACAGAUUGCAUCUUCAUAGUAAGAGACGCCAAUGACCGCAGUGGUAGAGCAUUUGCAUCAUGUUGUGCUUUGAUUUGGGACUGUGAUGAAUCAUCUGCCCUUUGUGUUUAUGCCGGUUCAAUAAUAACACUAGUGGCACCUUCUCUUAUCCCCCAUUUUAGGACAAUGAGCACGGUGCUGGGUGUUUCUCUAAUUGAUGUAAGUCUGCCUUCUGAGAUAGACAGUCUCUUUCUGGAUGAAGAUGCUAUUGUCAAAAUGGAUUGGGCAACAAUCGCAGUAAUAUGGGCGUGUGGCGUAAUGUGUCUGUUUAAGUCAGUGACUGCUGCUAAUUUUCAAGGGUUCAUGAGAAAACGAGUGAAGGAACUGGUGAAUAGAGCUGGAAUAGUCCCCGAUAAGGGGGCAACUGCGCCUUUCACAUUCUCACAAGCUCAAAUGGUGCGUCAAAAACUAGGAGGGGACAGAGACUUUUGUGGUAAUGUGAUCUUAUUUCUACUGGGAGAAGCACAGUCAGGGUCAGAUUUUGCCCCUAUAUGUGAAUAUCUUACUGAGUUUCUAGCAUGGAAUGGAAUGGGAGCUUUCACCUUCAUCAGCAAAGAGUUUAUAGAGACUCGAUCAGCAAUUCUUCGUGAAUUGUCUUUGCGCACUGAAAUUAAGAAUUUGGCUGAAGCUUUAAGCACCAUAAAUUCUCAUCCCUACUCGCAGUUCUUCCGUUGUCUUGGUCAAAGUGAUCAGAUGUACAAGCUCUCAAGGAGUAGAUUCAGAAUUCUUAUGAAAUCAAAAAGCAACUUAUGAGUCUGACUUCACGAAACUUUGUGUCUACAGACGCUGAAAUUCAGACUCCUUCAUUCAGGACUAUGCUGGCAAAGCACAACGCUCACCUUCAGAGGCAUGCACAUGAGGAAGCUAUGAGACAUUAUGCAUACUUGACAAGUGGAGUUGAGGUUAUCCCAGAUGACCAGCUUGAAGAUGCUAUAAGAGCUGAGGCAGGACUAUUACCGUGGAGUUAAAGAUGACUAUCUACUUUGUCCAUUUUGCUAAACUAUUACGUAGUACAUUCUAUAUUGUGCAGCUUUCAUUGUCGGCUUCAUUAAACUUUCAUCUUUAUUACUGCUUUAGGUUGUCUUAUGUGAAUGGGCAGUGUAAUAUGUCACUAAGAUGUGGGAACUACACUGUGUGGAACUUUUUGGUGAAACAAUUUUUGUUGAGGACACAUCUGAUGCAUUUCUCUUUUUC